AUAUGGGUCUUCAGUGACUCUUCACCACUCGUACAUGGAAACGUUGUUGGGUGAACGGCGAAGUUCUUCAUAACUUGCAAUCCAAAUUUAGUUGACAUAUCACAUAAGAUUGUUUUUUGCAACUCCAAGGGUAUUGUACAAGCAUGGAUGAAGACACUGGUCUUAAAUCUCAUCGGCAUCGAAGAGAGCAUAAGGAGUUUAGAGAAUUAGAAAGAAAAGAGAGAGACAGGGAGAAGAAUAUCGAGCGAGAAAAGGAAAGGACUCGAGAAACCCACAGAGACAGUCGAAUAGGUCUAAACAAAGAGCGGGAUAGAGAUAGGUAUGGUGACCGAGACAGAGAAAGAGCUAAGCGCCGUGACCGUAGCAGUGCUGACAGAGAGAGAGUUAGAGAUGUCAGGAGAGCCCGGAGCAGCUCUCCUCCUGAUAAGUCAUGGACUGAAAAAGAUAAGAACAAUGCUGAUGAGGCUAUGGAAGAGGAGUUGCCCCCUGUGCCCAUCAAAAAAGAGCCACUAUCCCUGGAGGAAAUGGUGGCCAGGAAGCGAGAGGAGGAAGAAAAGCAAAGUAGACCCAAGUUCCUCACUAAGGAAGAGAGAGCUGCUGAGGCUUUGAAAAAACGUCAACAAGAAGUUGAAGAGCAGAGGCGGAAACAGGAAGAAGAACGUAAAACCCGCGAGACGAUGUUCAAAGAAGGUCAGAGGGAGUUGGAGGAUGCCCUUCGCAGCGAAGACCCUCGAGAGCGCUACCGAAGGGAGCGAGAUCGAGAGACAAAGGAAGAUAUUGAGGCCGAGAAGAAGAGGCAACUGGCACGUGAUGCCAUCAACGAACGCUACUUUGGGAUCGUCAAGAGGAAGCGGCGUGUGAGACGUCUAAACGACCGGAAGUUUGUGUUCGAUUGGGACGCUUGUGAAGACACCUCAGUUGACUACAAUGAACUGUACAUUUCUAAGCAUGACGUGCAUUUCUUUGGUCGUGGUCACUUUGGAGGGCUAGACAUCAAGGAUCAAAAGAAGCAGCAGUCCAAAUUCUACUCAAUGUAUUUGGAGAAAAGGCGUACGCAGGAAGAGAAAGACCAAGAGGGCGUGCGUAUUAAAAAAGAACAGAGAAGGGAAGACAAACAAAAGUUUGAUGACCGUCAUUGGAGCGAGAAGGCUGUUGAACAAAUGACAGAGAGAGAUUGGAGAAUUUUCAGGGAAGAUUACAAUAUUUCCAUCAAAGGAGGACGCAUACCCAAUCCAUUGAGGAGCUUUGAGGAAUCUGAUAUAAAGAAAGAUAUUUUGGAUAUCAUUGAAAAAGUCGGUUAUACCGAACCUACGCCUAUUCAGCGACAAGCCAUUCCUAUUGGUUUUCAAAACCGCGACAUUAUCGGUGUUGCAGAGACUGGUUCCGGCAAAACCUUGGCUUUCCUCAUACCACUUCUGGUUUGGAUUCAGUCUCUGCCCAAGCUCGCUCGUCUAGAAGACGCCGAUCAAGGACCCUAUGCUCUCGUUAUGGCGCCAACUCGCGAGUUAGCGAACCAAAUUGAGGAAGAGAGCAAUAAAUUUGGUGACCCGUUGGGCAUCAGAACAGUUUCAGUGAUCGGUGGAUUGUCGAGGGAGGAGCAAGGCAUGAAACUCCGCAUGGGUUGUGAGAUUGUCAUAGCCACUCCUGGUCGUUUGGUGGACGUACUAGAGAACAGAUAUCUCGUAUUAAAUCAGUGCACCUACGUUGUCUUUGAUGAAGCUGACAAAAUGAUUGACAUGGGCUUCGAGCCUGAUGUCCAGAAAAUUCUUAGUCACAUGCCUGUAACGAAUGAAAAACCCGAUACCGACGAUGCUGAAAAUGAGGAUACACUUAUGAAAAACUUCCUGUCUAAGCACAAAUACCGGCAAACUGUGAUGUUCACGGCCACUAUGCCACCUGCAGUUGAACGUCUGGCUCGCAAAUAUCUGCGGCGACCUGCCUAUGUCUAUAUUGGCUCGGUUGGCAAGCCUGUUGAGCGUGUAGAACAGAUUGUCUUCAUGGUCUCGGAACAAGAAAAACGCAAAAAGCUGCUCAAUAUUCUACAGAGAGGAAUUACGCCGCCGGUACUCAUUUUCGUCAACCAGAAGAAAGGAGCAGAUGUGCUGUGUCGCGGUUUGGAGAAACUUGGCUUCAAUGCCACGACAUUGCACGGUGGCAAGGGACAAGAGCAGCGUGAGAGUGCUCUUGCAAGCCUCAAAGGAGGUGCAAAAGACAUUCUCGUCGCCACCGACGUCGCCGGUCGUGGUAUUGACAUCAAAGAUGUAUCUCUUGUCAUCAAUUACGAUAUGACCAAGAAUAUUGAGGAUUACACUCACAGGAUCGGUCGCACAGGUCGUGCUGGUAAGACUGGGCGAGCGAUCUCGUUCCUGACCAAGGAAGAUUCCGGCAUUUUCUAUGACCUUAAACAGACGCUCCUGAGUUCACCUGUCAGCACAUGCCCUCCAGAGCUUGCUAACCAUCCAGAUGCUCAGCACAAGCCUGGAACCGUUAUGACCAAGAAGCGACGAGAGGAAAAGAUUUUUGCCUAACUUCGAUUGAAUUGUCAUGUGCUCUCCAUUUGGUAUGUUUCAUUCAUGCAAAAUCAUUUAUCGCGUUCUGAUCUGUAAGUGCAGUGGAAAGUUUCGUAAAUUUUCUAAUCUUCAUCAGUUCUGUCAUGCGUGUUAUUAUUGUAUCUAUCGCUGCAUUCCGAUAACUACGAAUGUUUUUUAUUAUUGUCCACAAAUUAUGAGGUUUCAUUUAUCGGCAGUGCAUAUACUUUUUUUCAUUUGAUUUCCUGGGAAUGCUGUCACGUAGUAACUCUUUAAGAGAAGCUUAAGCUCUUGUUCAUAUCUUCUACAUUUUGUGGUCAGAUUCGUGUAUACUGUAUAGCCUGCGAUACGGCGGCCUCGCGCGGUCACAACCUUCAGCUCGAUCGCUCUGGUAGCAACAUAACGUUCCUGUUAGUUCCCUUGUCAGCAUCACUGAUAUAAGCCUAUUUAGUUAUUGAGGUAAGAUUUACUCAUUUCUGAGGAAUAUCUUAUUUGCGAUUUUUUUCAAGUAUCGAAUCACCCCGUCUCAUAAUUUGACAAAAUGUUUCCAUGCUUUUGAUUGGAGGUGAACUUGCUUGAUGGUCAUCAACCUAAGCUUAUACGAGCUAUUAUUUAUGUUAAGAAAUAAUAUACUAAAGCAUUGAACGAUUUUAUAAGUAUCAAAUAAUUAAUGAUUAGGAAAUCAUUUCGAACGGCCGUAGUGACAUAUGGAGCGAUUGAGCCGACAAAAAAUUCGGAUGUAUGCGUAAUAAAUUGUUUAAUUUA